UGGAAGGACAGCAUUCACCGUCGAUCGGAUCCAUCCACAGCGUCAAUUCGUACCAGUCGUGAAGUCCUCAGUUGGACCCUACGCAGUCUCUUCUCGACAGCGGUGCUAGGGAGCAAAGUAUUUACCACUAUCAUUUCCCGUCGACAUGUUCAAGUUCACCCAACUGCAACAAUUCUUUGGUCUUCGACAGGAUGGGCAGAUACCAAAUGACCGAGCGUCUCUGCCCUCGGUUGCUGGUAUUCCUGCAAGCCAGACCCUGAUUUCCGACACCCCCAAUAGACCCUUCGAUGAACAUAUCCCCAGCGGACGUCCCUCUACAUUUUUCACAGAGCACUCUAGUGUUCUCCGCAUCAAAUCAGGCGAUAUCAUUAAGCAAACCAACUACCCAACCGCCUCGGGCGGCCUUGGCGAUGUUUACAGGUGUACAUGGAACUCUGGCGCAAGUUCGGAUGAGGUUGCGGUCAAAUCCCCACGAUUCCCAAAUAUGAGCGAUCCUGAAGUUGGCAGGAUCAACAAGAACCUUGACCGCGAGAUUCAUAUAUGGGCCACGUUGAAGCAUCAAUAUGUACUGCCCUUGCAUGGCACUGUAGAGGAGUUCGGCCCAUCUCGCGCAUUAGUCUCCCCCUGGAUGCCGAACGGAACUUUGGACUCUUACCUUAAGGCGAAUAAGACCCUCUCGAUGAUGGGUAGGCUCCGCCUCGUAAUCCACGCUCAAAAUGUGAUACACGGCGACCUCGCUAGUAACAAUGUUCUGGUUGCUGCCGAUGGAUCGCCUCGCCUUGCAGAUUUUGGUAUCUCCAAUAUCAUGGUGCAAUCCAGCCCUACCUUUUCCUACCACACCGGUGCAAUUCGCUGGGUCGCUCCAGAGCUCCUCGAGCCCCCGGAAAAUCAGCCCAUACAAUGCGCAACCAGAUCUACCGACAUAUACGCUCUCGGCGGUAUCAUGCUUCUGGUCCUAUAUGGGAAACAGCCUUACUGGUGGCUUAAGACUGUCACACAUCUUGUGUCUGCUAGGUUCAAACACCUGGAGCCCAUCGACUCCUCCAUCAAGAUCCAGCCCAGUCACCUAAAUUUCAUGCAGCGGUGUUGGUCAACGAAGAGCGAGGACCGUCCAUCAGUAGAAGAGGUGAUAAGCUAUCUUCAAGCACUGUUGAACGAGACUUCUUUAUAAGGUGUCGGUUUUGACACGACUCACUUUCUUGUCUUGAUGUUUAACUUCGGUUUUGUGUCCUAUAUAUCAUAUCGUUUCGUGUAUAUUCUCACUUCCUUGUUUCUCUAU